AUGACGCGGCGGUUAAUGGCGGUGCUCGCUGCUCUGAGCGCGACUUCUGUGGCCUCCGCAGCGCCAUUCGCAUCCUCUCUGGAUGCCUCGUACGUGGUUCAGCUGCAUGCGACGCGCGACGGCUUCUCUCCGCCCGAAGACGGCGUCAAGAUGCGGUCACAGCUCAUGACAACCGAAUCGGGCCAACAAUUCGAGUGUUUUCUUCCGCCUCUGGCCUCCUAUACUGAAGACGAGGGAGACGCCACUGCUGACACGUCGGAACCGCUGACUGCCAAAGAAAAGGAGGAGAGGGAGCAGAUCGCCACCUUCUUGAGCUUCGGUCGGGCAGCGGCUCAGAAGGUAAAACCCAAGUGCGUUCAGUACGUGGACAAGGAGACCGAGUGGGUCUACGAGGUCUGCUCGGGUCUGUUGGUUCGUCGUGUGAUGGCAGGACACGAAGUGGAGGAACUCGGUGCGUUCGUAUCCGACUCCAGUCGUCCAGCACUGAGCUACGACAAGUUCGCCAUGCCGGAGACGCAAGAUCGCGUCAAGAACCAUCGCAUGCCGCUGUUUACGCAGACAUUUGGUCAGGACGAACAGCUGAUUCAAGUGCAAUUUAUCUGCAGCACCACGUCGCGAGACGACGGCAUCUCGGCUGUGAAAUGGAGAGAUGACUCGCCGAAAGGUGGACCACGCGAAGUUGCCGCUUUCUUGGUGGGCUCGAGGGUGUUCUGUGACCCGCAACACUCGGACGCAGACGACAACGACUUGUUUACGGUGCGCUCGUUGUUGCAGCCACUGGAAGACGCUCGCACGUGUGUCACGCGGAACGAAGGCUGGUGGACGUACGAGUUUUGCUUCGGACGCUCACUGAGACAGUACCACCGAGACGGAGACGGUCGGACUACGGCCGAGUUCUCGCUGGGCACGUUUGACGCAUCGGGUAACCACGAACUGGAGCGUUCAGGCUCGGCCUUGGUCUCGGAGCAUAUCGACGCGACGCACGAUGUGUCGCGUCCUGCGUACUUGGAGCUGUACGACCACGGCACGUUCUGCAAGGAGUUUGAAAACCACGCGCCACGAAAGGCCAAGGUAUUCUACUACUGCAGUCAGGGUGGCACGAGUCACCAUAUUCUUACAGUCAAGGAGACGCAGACGUGCAGCUACACAGUUAAGGUGUCGUCCCCCGUGCUGUGCGACCACCCGCACUUCCUCAAUGACGAGCAAAAGAGCGAUCAGGAGGCUGAGAUUCUGCACUGCAUCCCAGUGGAGGAGACGGUAACAACCGACGAGUAG